GGACUGAUUAUGUGUGGUUGUUGCGCGGAGAAGGGAGUCUGCGAAGAGAGAGAGAGAGAGAGAGAGACACAGUAAACUAGGCUACACAUCUAACGGGGUAAACCUGGACGAAAGAACAGGAUUUUAUUGCACAUUUUAACGGUAACAAAAUCAAAUUGGAUUGUAAUACGUAAGUCGCUUGAAGAAGGGACAUUUCGGUGGGAGUUUUCCCCAAAGCAGUGUGCCUUCUCAACCUUCAUACACAGACUUCUAGUAGUUUGGAUAGGCUUGUCCGCCGGGGGAGAGUUUGUUGUGUUGCUCUAGUUGGUUAUUUUGUUGCGCGUUAGGCGCUCCAGUUGUUGUUGAACUAUGGCGCUCAAGGCGAGGGCUUUAUACGACUUCAAUUCCGAAAACCCCGGGGAGAUAUCAGUGAAAGAAAAUGAAAUAGUGACUCUGUACAGCGAACAGGAUAUUGAAGGCUGGCUAGAAGGAUCCAACAGCAAAGGCGAGAGAGGUCUCUUCCCCGCGUCCUACGUCGAGAUCCUGAAGAACGACACCGCGUCCACGUUUAACAACAACAGCACAACUGGAUCCCGGUACGCCAAUAUUCCAACCGGAGGAUUCGGGGAUGCCUCCUCUUAUAACAUCCAGAAUCAUACUGACAACUUGUCCAAAACAUCAGUAACAUCGCCCGGGCUUACAGCGUUGUCACCACCUGCCCCAGCACAGCAGCAACCCAUUUAUCAAGCCAGCCAGGGCAGCGACGAAGACUGGGAUGAUGACUGGGAUGACAGCUCGACAGUGGCGGAUGAACCUGGGGUUGUUGGGGUUAAUUACCAAAGGGACUUUGAUGGCAACGGACCGUCUACAUACAGAAUGUCAACAUCAAUGUCUAAAGGUAGCAACGUUCAACAAGCCAAGAGCUCUGCUACGGUCAGUAGAAACCUCAAUAGGUUUUCAACAUUUGUGAAAUCAGGAGGGGAAGCGUUCGUGUUAGGUGAGGCAGCUGGGUUUGUGAAAGAUGGGGAUAAGAUCUGUGUUGUAACGGGACAAUACGGUCCAGAAUGGCAGGAAAACCCAUACCCCUUCGCCUGUACCAUAGACGACCCCACCAAGCAGACCAAGUUCAAAGGGAUGAAGAGUUACAUUGCCUACAAGCUGACGCCCACCCACACACAGACCCAGGUCAACAGAAGGUAUAAACACUUUGACUGGCUCUAUGCCAGGCUGGUGGAGAAGUUCCCUGUCAUCUCGGUGCCCCACAUCCCAGAGAAACAGGCCGCGGGGCGGUUUGAGGAGGACUUCAUCUCUAAAAGGAGGAAAGGGUUGAUAUGGUGGAUGAAUCACAUGACCAGCCACCCGGUCCUGUCCAAGUGUGAUGUCUUUCAGCACUUCCUCACCUGCAACAGCACAGACGAGAAGUCAUGGAAGCAGGGGAAGAGGAAGGCGGAGAAGGACGAGAUGGUGGGGGCUAACUUCUUCCUCACUAUCUCCACGCCCUCCGGACCCCCCCUGGACCUGGUCGAGGUCGAGUCCAAGAUCGACGGCUUCAAAGCUUUCACUAAGAAAAUGGACGACAGCGUGGUCCAGGUCAACGCCACCACCAACGAGUUCGCCCGGAAACAGAUCACGGGGUUUAAGAAGGAGUACCAGAAAGUGGGCCAGGCGUUUAAAGUCCUGGGGCAGGCGUUUGAGCUGGACCAGCAGGCGUAUUCAGUAGGGUUGAACCAGGCCAUAGCGUAUACAGGAGAAGCAUACGAUGCUAUCGGAGACUACUUUGCAGAGCAGCCGAGACACGAUGUGGAUCCGUUAAUGGAUUUGUUACAGCUGUACCAGGGACAUCUGGCCAACUACCCUGACAUCAUCCACGUACAGAAAGGAGCACUUACCAAGGUGAAGGAGUCCCAGAAGCACGUUGAGGAAGGCAAGAUGGACGCUCCCCAGGCGGACGGCGUCAACGAGCGCUGUAACAUCAUCUCCUUCGCCACGCUGGCAGAGAUCCAGCACUUCCAUCAGGUCCGGGUGAGGGACUUCAAGGCCCAGAUGCAGCAGUAUCUAACCGAGCAGAUCGGCUUCUUCCAGAAGAUCACCGGAAAGCUGGAGGAGGCCCUACAGAAGUAUGACAACGCUUAGAGUAGAGGGGGGAGACUAAGGGACACCCCUGAUUGGUCUAAAUCCGAUUGACCACGUUCUGAUUGGUCGAGAUCUCAUAUCCGACCCCCCCCCUCCCCGAUUGGUCCAGAAAUGACCAUUGACCUCCCUCAGUCGGCCAAUCAUUGAAGCCCCAGGUGGACAUUACCUUCAACUGCCAAACAGCAAUACAAUCCACUGUGAGAAGACACAGACAACACUGACCGACCUGGAUAGUUCCCUGAAGGCUGGAUGUUGAUUCCAUGUAUGGUGGCUACUGUUUAAAUGGGUUUUAAUGAAGUGUUGUUUUUCCUGGAUCAAAAUGGGGCUUGGGUGGUGGGUGUGGCAGGGGCGUGGCCAUGAGCGUGACAAAAUGUAUCCGUUUUAAAGCUAAUCUCCUGCAAUUCUACACAUUUUGCCAUGUGGCUGAGAGAACAUUUGCAGUUUUUUUAAAGCUUAUAUCUAUAAUUCUACACAUUUUGCCAUGUGGCUGAGAGAACAUUUGCAAUUUUUUUAAAGCUUAUAUCCUGUAAUUCUACACAUUUUGCCAUGUGGCUGAGAGAACAUUUGCAGUUUUUUUAAAGCUUAUAUCCUAUAAUUCCACCCAUUUUGCCAUGUGGUUUAUGCUGUCUGAGUGACUCAAACAUUCUAAUGAAAUUAAUGGGGGCACCAUGCCAUGACAAAUAUUCCUUAAAUGCACCAUUUUUUAAUUUUAGAUUCUCCCUGACAGUCUGGCUUUUGUUAUGAUGAUUGUUACUUUUUAAAGAGGCUGUUAUUUAAGAAAUAUAUAUAUAUAUAAUAUAUAUAUAUAUUAGUUUUUCUACAUACUUUAUCUUGUUUUAGUCGUUUUAAGUUUACACUGAAAAAAUGUUUUUCCAUAUUUUUAUUUUAUUUUACUGUUUGGACAUAGACGGUCCGAAAGGCAGCAGACAGCCCAAUGCUUUUCUAUGGAGAGAGAACACUGAGGCAGCAGACAGCCCAAUGCUUUUCUAUGGAGAGAAAACACUGAGGCAGCAGACAGCCCAAUGCUUUUCUAUGUAGAGAAAACACUGAGGCAGCAGACAGCCCAAUGCUUUUCUAUGUAGAGAAAACACUGAGGCGGCAGUCAGCCCAAUGCUUUUCUAUGGAGAGAAAACACUGAGCCACUCAGACGUGAGACUACAGAAGCAGAAGGUCGUUAAAGCUUCUCUUUUUGUUUUUGAUCGACGACGAGGCAAGCCUUCGGUUGGUUGUAGUAAAGUGUUGAUUUUAACGAGGGCUAUCCUCGUCGCGAUUUGGUUUGGUAGGUGUCUUUAGUCCAGCGAGUGGGUGGAUUAUUAUCUUAAUUAUUGAUUAAUUAUUAUCCUAAUCGUGACUUAAGACUGAGGGGGGGACGAUUUAAAAUACCCUCUCCUGUAAACUUGUUAUUCCCUACUGCUGCUUGUAGCUACACGGGAAGGUAUCUUAACCUUGUAGAUCACACUAUGUCCACUAAACCUGUUUUAAAAAACGUGACUGGUUAUUAAGAUGGAGUCCCAUAAAGGGACAGUUCAGAGGGGGGAGUCUCUACCGUUAGUGGCUUUAAACCGUUAUAAUGCUGCCUUCUGCUAUAACACUUGAGCUCCGCAUAGUGUGUGUCCCAAAUGUCUUCAUACUUCCUAGUAUAUAGUGCACUACUUUUGACCAGAGCCCCUAUGCGUAGUGAGCUAUAUAGGGGAAUAGUGUUCCAUUUGGGAAGUCCCAUCUCUAGCAGGAGCAUGUUUACACACACAGACUCCUAGCAGACCAGACAACCGGACUUGUGCCUUCGCUUUUUUUGAUUGUCUCUCUCUGAUGAUACAUUAUUUAAAAAAAAAAAAUUAAAUAACUUCUAUAAAGUUUUAUGUAAUAUAAAUAUAUUCUCAUAUUUAGUUUUUAAGAUGCUUGUUUGUUGCAAAUAUUAUAUAAAGAUUAUCAAGGACCACGCGAUGCUUUUGGACUUGUGUUUUGUUGGAGUUGAGAGAAGUGCUCAGCCGAUGGGGAGCAGAGUCCGUCUGGACUGCUUGGAGUGCUGACCUCGAUGAUUCUCCCUUCAGAGACUGAAGUCUGAUUCAGGGGCGUCAAUGUAGAGCACGUGACUGGAUCAUUCUGACUGGGACAAGGCUGAUUUACACAGAGAGGAAGAAAGCGACACUGCGCUCGGUGGGAUAACUAACCUGUUCUGUUCUUACUGCAGGCUUGGAUUCCAUUCAGUGGAUAUCAUGGGACCAUGAACUCUGCCUGCUUAAAGGUUCAGAGCCUUGGAACGCAAAGGAACAUGUCUCAGACUGAAAUGGACUGGACAGUCGGCUCAGACUGAAAUGGACUGGACAGUCUGCUCAGACUGAAAUAGACUGGACAGUCGGCUCGGACUGAAAUGGAUUAACACAGACUGAAAUGGACUGGACAGUCGGCUCAGAAUGAAAUGGAUUAACACAGACUGAAAUGGACUGGACUGUCGGCUCAGACUGAAACUAAACUGGACAUUUUAGCCCUCCCUGAAAUCACAAAGUUAUUUUGAAAAAAAUGACUCUCUAAAUAUUAUUCUUGCACAAUGUUAAUUUUUUUUAACUUUUUUUUUUUUUUUACGUUUGAUGGAUGUUAGUCUGUCAGUCAGACUGGUUGAUGGGUAGACAUCCUUCCUCUCCUGUUAUUAAUUGUCUACUGAUCCUAGUGCAGAUCUGGACACCUCAGCCAGCCUGACUCUCCUGUUAUUUCAACUUAUGUGCCAGUUUUCGUGUCGAGUCAGAGACUAAAUAAACUACAUAAACUCCUC